UGUAACAUUGUUGUGGUUUUCGCGUGCGCGCGUGUGUGUGCAAAAUUGCUAAAAAGUAAGCCGGCACGUUGCGUGUGGAAUCAAAAGCAAUUUCAAUACUUUUAAAUUCCUCUCAGAUCGUUGAAAAUUGCAAGUGGUUAUGUCGAAUAACAAGCGUUUGUCUUGUGGUCGAGAUUGUUUGCCAUGGUGUGAUCUACGUGAAACGUUAACGUACAUUCAUGAUGAAAGUUUUGAUUUUGCGAAUAUCCCUUUGUGUCAUCCACGAUUUAGGCGAGAAUUCAUCUCUGGUAAAAGCAUGACUAGAAAAGGUCCUUUCACCAGGCCUGAUAUGUGUCUAACUAGUUCAGACUGGAAUUCUAUGGUGGUUGGAAAGAUUUCCCCAUAUAUCACACUGGAUUCUAUCAAUUCGAAAGCGAGGAAGCUCAGUCAGGAAACUCUUGUGCAAGAACUUAUGUACGCUGCUCAUCUUGGACUGCCUGCUGUUACUUUCCGCCUCACGAAACCUGACAACCCUAAUUUAGCCCGAUAUAUUUUCUCCAAAAUCAUACCUGGUUGUUUCUAUCAGAUUUGGAUUCAAGUACCACUAGUGAGUCCAGCUGUCACAGCCAACAGCUACAGAUCCAAUCCUGAAGAAAUGAGCCCUGUUUCUGACACGUGGCAUUGGUGGAAUAAUUUCAGAAGUCUUUGCAACUCAGAAAAAAAACUAGGACUUGUUCUUGAAGUAUCAUACGAGAACCCGCCAGCUGAAGAAAUUAACCGAUGGCUCGGCGAACCAGUGAAGGCGCUGGUUGUCCCUACGGAUAUUUUUCUGACGAACAAAAGAGGCUAUCCUGUUUUAUCCAAAUCACACCAAAGUUUGGUUAAAGCUUUCUUCAGUCUAGAUGUCCAAGUGAUAGUUAGUGGAAAUAGUCAUCAUGUCGCAAUUAAGCACUAUCAGCAGUACUUAAAUUAUUUGUACCAGUCGGCAAUCCAACAUGAUCCUGUGACGGUUUUUGCCACUGGUUACGAAGACUACUUGCAGUGUCCUCUGCAGCCGCUCAGUGAUAACCUGGAAUCGCAGACUUAUGAAGUGUUUGAAAAAGAUCCUAUCAAGUACAGAGAGUAUCAGAGAGCAGUCUACCAAGCUCUUCUUGACAGAGUUAGUGAGGAAAAUGCGAGCACAGUUGUCACUGUGGUCAUGGUACUGGGAGCAGGCAGAGGACCUCUAGUCCGAGCAUCUUUGAACGCAGCCGAAUUAGCAAACAGACUGAUUAAAGUGUAUGCUGUUGAGAAAAAUCCCAAUGCCAUUGUCACGUUAGAAGCACAUUGUGAAGAAUCAUGGAAGAACCAAGUAACUGUGAUAUCUUGCGACAUGCGUGAUUGGAAUCCACCUGAAAUGGCAGACAUCAUUGUGUCGGAACUUCUCGGUUCGUUCGGAGACAACGAACUCUCACCUGAAUGUUUAGAUGGUGCUCAGAGACUUCUAAAAGAGGAUGGGAUUAGUAUUCCAUCCAGCUACACCUCGUUCUUAGCCCCAGUACAAUCUUCAAAAUUGUACAAUGAAGUUAGAUUAAGCAAAGAUAUUGGAAAGUUACCAAUUAGCCAAUUUGAAACUCCAUAUGUAGUCCACCAAAGGAACAAGUACACAAUCAGUGGAUCUCAAGCUUUGUUCACAUUCCACCAUCCUAAUAAAGUUGAGAAACCUGACAAUACGAGGUAUGGAACUUUGAAAUUUGACAUCACGCAAGAUUGCGUUCUUCAUGGUUUCGCUGGUUUCUUCGAAACUGUCUUAUACAAAGAUGUCCUAUUAAGUAUAGUGCCCGAAACGUAUUCUACUGGUAUGAUCAGCUGGUUCCCAAUCUUCUUUCCUAUCUUGGAGCCAAUUCAAUUAAAGCCUUCGGAUGAACUAGUCGUACACUUUUGGAGACUUCUGAACAAAAAGAAUGUUUGGUUUGAAUGGACAAUAUCUAAACCAGUCCCUCUGCCGAUUCACAAUCCUAAUGGGCGUUCCUACACGAUUGGGCUCCUCUAACAGUAGGAAUUUUGACUGAUUCUUUACCGUUUGGUUGACCUCACAUAAAACUAAAAGUGUCUGUUUUACAAUUGAUAAAAAGAAAAAACUGCGUGCGCAUGUAACUUAAGUGUUUAUUUCUUUGAAUAAAAUGUACCUUUGAAGUGUGCUCAACAUCAAAUUAA